AUGCCUGCGCUCAAGUUUGUCAGAUCUGUUUGGGAAUCUUUCCGAGCCAAUUCUGGCCUGGAGCCAAGAUUACUAGACGGUCUUCGUGUCACGUCCGCAACUCCUGGGCGCGUCAAGUUCGAGCUUGAUAUCCAGAAAGAACACACCAACCGCCUGAACAUCCUCCAUGGAGGCACGAUAGCCAGCAUGGUUGACCUCGGUGGUUCUCUCGCAAUAGCCUCUCGAGGUCUCUUCGCUACCGGCGUAUCGACCGACUUGAACGUGACCUACCUUUCGUCCGGAGGCAAGAUCGGUGAUUUGAUCAAGGCCGAGGUCACCUGCGAUAAAUUUGGCAAAACACUGGCGUACACCUCGAUCAACUUCAGCAAUAGCAACGGCGAGGUCUUUGCUCGUGGCAGCCAUACCAAGUAUGUAGCUUUGGCCUGGAAGGACCCAAACAACAUUGUUGAGGAGCUUUCACCCAAGAAAUCCGAGAAGAAAGAGUAG